CCUCAUCUCCCGCUCAAAGCCUCCUCAAAUUUCCCCGCAUCGCAAGCUUUCUCAAUUUUCCACUCAAAAAAGCUCCAUGGAGCGUCGCCGGCGACCAGAACCGCCACCAACUCCGCCUCCUCCCAUCCCUCCGUCUUCCCCUUUCCUCCACGACAUCUCCAACUUCAAAACCCCUCUCCUCUACUCCCGAAACCCUAACCCUGAACCUAACCCUAACCCUAACCCUAACCCUAACUCCUCCCCUCUCUUUUUCACCGCCUCAAAGAACAGCCCCUCCUCCUCCCGCUCCUCCAUCCGCCGUCGUCCCUUCACCCCCUCGAUCCCUCAAUCAAAGGCCACUCGCCGACUCAAAGCCCUCGAGCUUGAGCAGUCCAAAUCGGCUCGAAAGGCCGAGUCUCAUAAAGCAAAAGCUCUGAAAUCCUUUGCAAGAUCAGUUACAGCUUGGUUGAAUUUCUUGUUUGAGAAUCCGAAGGAAUGCGGGUGCGAGAUUGGAAUGGGGAGUGAUGAGGGUAGAGGGUGGAAGAGGCAGAAGAGUAGUGAUGAGGAGGAGGAUCUUGGAGUGGUGCUUUCAGUGGAAAAGGUUUCGGCUUUGAGAGAAUCGUUGAAGGAUGUUUGCAGUUUGGAUGAUUUACGAGCGAGGAUGGUGGAGUAUAUGAGUAAAAAAGGGUGCAAUGAGGUUCUUUCUGUUAUGAGUCGGCUUUGCAAGAACAUUGAUGAAGGACGGCUGAAAAUGAAAGCACACUGUCCUAUAGUGACAGAUAUGGCUCUGAGAGAGAAGUCAACUAGAGUUCUCAUGUGUUACAAUCCAACUUGGCUUAGAAUUGGCUUGUAUAUUAUCUUUGGUGGUGACUCAUUGCUCAAUGAAGGAGGAACAUCAGACCAGGAAGACGCUUUCUUGAAGUUGAUUAUAGAGAAUCAGUUCUUUACGCAUAUGGUUAUUGCAAGAUCUUAUGCUUAUAAUAAAUUGGUCGGAGGCCUCUACCGCCCAGGGUUCUUUGAAGCUCUGGGAAGUAUUAUAUUGAAGAGGUUUCUUUUGCUUGUAAUCUCACUUGACAAAGCAAAAUGUGAGAGUACUUUGCCUCUUAAGUGUGGAAUUGAUGGUAUAGAUGGUGGUUCUCCUCUAUUAUUCAGCCGUCAUUCUCAUAUGAAAUCUAGCAAGCAAACCGUUCAAGCGUUCUUAUCAGAGGCUAUGCAUGGAGAGGGUGACCUUAUUUCCCAUCUUGUGAUUCUUGGUUGCAAGUUGAAUUAUCACCAGUUCCCACUUGCUGAAUAUGAAUUUAAACUAUCAAACCUAUUUGAAGAUCUUCAAGAUGGUAUAGUGCUCUCUAGGGUCAUUCAACUCUUGAAGUGCAAUGCAUCAAUACUUUCAAAAGUGAUUGUCCCCUCAGAUUCCCAUAAAAAGAGAUUGCAAAAUUGCAACACUGCCCUGCAGUAUCUUAAGCAGACUGGGGUUUCAUUAUCUGAUGAAGAUGGGAUUCAGAUCACCCCUGAAGAUAUCGUGAAUGGGGAUAAGGAGUUAGCACUUUCUAUCCUAUGGAAUAUCUUUGUUUACUUGCAGGUACCUCUGUUAAUUGACAAAACUUUAUUGGCCAAGGAAAUAGCUAAAGUUCAGGGAUCUGAUCUGGAGCUUCCACAUGAUGAGAUGAACUCCGAGUUGGACUUGCUUCUUUCAUGGAUAAAGGCAGUUUGCAAGAAGCAAGGCAUGGACGUUGAUAGCUUUUCAUCUGCAAUUGAGGGGAAGGCUUUCUGCUGCCUUAUUGACUAUUAUUUUAGAAAUAAGGUUCAGUAUGGUGACGAAUCAAUUAUGAAUUUUGAUGCCGCUACUGCUGAAAAAGUUCAUAACUUUGCUUUCGUCCACAGUAUCUAUGCAAUACUGGGGAACUUUCCUAAGGUAUUUCAAUUGUGUGACAUGCUUGAUCAAGAUGCCUCUUAUGAUGAAAGAAGCAUUGUAAUCUUUCUUGUCUUUCUUGCCUCACGACUGACAUACAGAAAAACUGGGGGUAAUUUGGUAUAUAAAUCUGCUCGACGAAGUUAUAGAUAUACAGAUUCAAGGUCUUCAAUGGUUCCUCAGACACCAUUUCCCAGGAACACUUUAUUCAGUAACAAUAAGUUUAAAGGAAAGAAAUUCUUGGAAUUCGUUUCACCACAGAAGAAAUCAGGGUUGAAUAAAGAACACGCUGCAAUCAUUAUCCAGUCUUAUUUUAAAAGAUUUGCUGCACGAAAGAAAUUCUUGAAGAUUCCUAUUGCAGCAUGCCUACAAGAAAGGGCUGCAAGUGUUAUACAGUCUCAUUAUAGAGGAUAUACUGAGCGAAGGAAAUUCAUAAAGAUCACAAUGGCAGCAUGCUUGGUACAAGUGGCUGUUCGGGCUUGGCUGUCUGUAACUUCUAAAGGCAAGUUGAGAACUGUCAAACUUGUCUGGCCCGUCAACAGGCUAGCAUAUGGGUCAUGUGAUGGGUAUCUUCAGUUCAUGAUUGAGAGGCAUACAUUCCUUAGAAUUAAAAAAUCAGCUCUUCUUAUCCAGCAGGCUUCAAGGGCUUGGAUCAAACAAUGGCAUCAAAGAAGGGAGAGUGCAACAUUAGAAUUCAUAAAAAGUUCUGACAGUAUAGCUGCACUCACUACUAUUCAAUCAUUUAUUCGAGGUCAGAUUGCAAGGGCAAGGUAUGCUAAAUUGUUCAAUAUUAUUGAGAAGCAACAACAUUCUUCUCCUGAAAUGGAAGAUCAUGAACAACAAUGUCAAGCUGCUACAAAGCUGCAGUCUGCUUGGAAAAAUUUUGCUAUACACAGUUUGGACAAGCAAAAAAAAUCAUCAGCAGUAAGAAUACAGAGUUGUUGGCGUGGUUGGUAUUUAAGGAAGAAUUUUUUGCGUCUAGUUGCUGCAGUUAUAAAUAUCCAGGCUGUAGCUCGAUGUGUUACAAGUCAGAAGACAUUUAGUCAGUACAGAUUUGCUGCUAUUGAAUUCCAAAGAUUUGCCCGGGGGCAUAUUGCUCGGAAGAGGCUGUUAGGUGCUUCAUACCUUCAUUAUGGCACGCCAUGUUUUGGAUCUUAUAGUAUGACUAACAACUAUCAAAAUCUUGAACUGAAAAGGAAAAUCAAUUCAAUUCUCGUAUUACAAAGGUGGUGGAAACACUUAUUACUGAGUAGAGCAAGAACAGGUUCAGCAAUUUUGAUCCAGUCUUGCAUUCGGGGGUGGAGUGCUAGAAGAACAACCCGGAAAAAGAGGAAUAGUAUUUCCACAAUUCAAAGAUGGUGGAGAAACAUAUUAAUUAUUAGAUCAAGGACGAAGUCUGUGAUCUUAAUUCAGACUCAUAUUCGUGGAUGGAUUGCUCGCCGAGCAGCUGAGCGUGUCAAGCGUAAUAUCAUUAUCAUACAAUCAUAUUGGAAGGGCUAUGUGGCAAGGAAAUAUUCAUGGGAACGUGUAGCAAACCUCAGGAUCAGACUGCAGGAGUGUUCUGUGAAUGUUGAUGAUAAUAAGAGACUAAUUAAUAGACUGGUUGCUGCAUUGUCAGAACUCCUUGGGUAUAAAAGCGUUAGCAACAUUCGGCAUACUUGUGCAACAUUGAGCAUGAUUGAUCAUUCUUUUUUGACCUUCUAUCAUAAUGUUAUGGCAUAUUCCUUAAUUUUCCAGGUUUGGUGCCUUUGAAACUUAAUAUAAUUAUUCCUAAUUGAUCUUGGCACAUUAUUGUUAUUAUAUUGAAAGAAGAAAUGGUGAAUGUGUCUGAAAGAAAAAAGAAGCAUGGUUGAUCCACAAUUAACUACAGAAAUUAACAUGUAUUGAAGAUAAAUUCCUUGCCGGCGACUGCACAUAAAUAUGCAAGUUAUAACUCAGUAUGCAUACCAGAUAUGACUACUGAGCUUUUCCACCUUUAGACUAUGAUGAGCAAUUGCUUUUAAUGGAUGGUUAGAGUUUAAUACGGAGUUCUAAGCAAACUGUAAACUAGCCAACCUCAGUGUAAAAUGUUUCCAUUAAUAUUAAAAAUUAUCUUACAUUUCUUACACUUUUAUUGGUUGGUUAAGAGCUCCUUGUAAGUGCUGGUAGAUUCUAAGUUAAGCUUCCAAUUUGCUAAAUGAUGGUAUUACUGUAGACAUUGUACAUUCCAUGCGCUAACAAAACAAUAGACUGUGUAUCUUGACUUCGUUACACACAGUUGUUGCACUUGUUUCAAGGUUAGAGAAGGGGAGGGAUGCCUGACAUCACUUGAAGGAAUAUAAAUUAAUAUGAUAGUGCCUUCUAACCUAGUUGAGGGUCAACUAUUGUUUAACCUUUAUGGUUUGGAUUCAAGUCUGAUCAAAACCUACUUGGACACUGAACCUCCAAAUCUAUUUUCUUACAGUUUUUCUGUGACCCUUGCCAACCUCUCUUUCAGAUUAAAAAAAAGCUAUGUAGACCAUGAAAAGAUUUUUCUCUUCCAUUGCUUGUGGAAAAUGUGUUAAGAGAC